GGGAAUUGCCGGAAAGAGCAAACAAAAAAGGCGCUGGUGUAGGCUCCAAAAUAAACACAUCUGAAUUCAUGAUGGCAUCGACAGAGGCUCUUAUUGGAUUAAAAGUUUCAAAACAGACAAAAACGCUUUGGAAAAAGGGUUGAAUGCCUGCCUACAGCCUCAGGCACAACCAUGGAGAAAGGUGGGAACAUACAACUGGAGAUCCCCGACUUCAGCAACUCUGUCCUGAGCCAUCUAAACCAGCUGCGCAUGCAGGGGCGCCUCUGUGAUAUUGUGGUCAAUGUGCAAGGACAAGCUUUUCGGGCACACAAAGUGGUACUGGCUGCCAGCUCGCCCUAUUUCCGGGAUCACAUGUCCUUAAACGAGAUGAGUACUGUCUCCAUUUCAGUCAUCAAGAACCCUAGUGUUUUUGAACAGCUCCUCUCCUUCUGUUACACGGGGCGGAUAUGCCUGCAGCUGGCAGAUAUCAUCAGCUACCUGACGGCCGCCAGUUUCCUGCAGAUGCAGCAUAUCAUCGACAAAUGUACCCAGAUCCUGGAGGGCAUUCAUUUCAAAAUCAAUGUGGCAGAGGUUGAAGCCGAAUUAAGUCAGACGAGGACAAAGCAUCCAGAAAGACCUCCAGAAUCUCACAGGGUUACACCAACUCUAAACCGUUCCCUUAGCCCGCGGCCCAAUACCGCAAAGGGAAACCGGCGAGGUCAAGUUAGCGCUGUGUUGGAUAUCAGGGAGCUCAGUCCUCCGGAGGAGUCCACCAGCCCUCAGAUAAUUGAACCGAGUUCUGAUGUAGAGAGCCGGGAGCCCAUCCUUCGAAUCAACCGAGCAGGACAGUGGUACGUGGAGACGGGAGUAGCAGACCGAGGGGCCCGCAGUGAUGACGAAGUCAGGGUCCUUGGAGCAGUGCACAUCAAAACUGAGAAUCUGGAGGAGUGGCUCGGGCCUGAGAAUCAGCCUUCCGGAGAAGAUGGGAGUAGUGCCGAGGAAGUCACAGCCAUGGUGAUUGACACCACAGGCCAUGGUUCUGUGGGACAGGAAAAUUACCCUUUAGGAUCUUCGGGAGCCAAGGUGGCUCGGCCAACAAGCAGUGAAAUUGACAGAUUUAGCCCCUCCGGCAGUGUUGUUCCCUUGACGGAGAGACACAGAGCCAGAAGUGAGUCUCCUGGGAGAAUGGAUGAGCCUAAGCAGCCCAGCUCCCAGGUCGAAGAGUCUGCAAUGAUGGGAGUAAGUGGCUAUGUGGAGUAUCUCCGAGAGCAAGAAGUAUCUGAGCGGUGGUUCCGGUACAACCCCCGUCUCACCUGCAUCUACUGCGCCAAAUCUUUCAACCAGAAGGGGAGCCUGGACCGCCACAUGCGCCUGCACAUGGGGAUCACGCCGUUCGUCUGCCGCAUGUGUGGCAAGAAGUAUACCCGGAAAGAUCAGCUGGAGUAUCACAUCCGCAAGCACACAGGCAACAAACCCUUCCACUGUCAUGUUUGUGGCAAAAGUUUCCCCUUCCAGGCCAUCCUGAAUCAGCACUUUCGCAAAAACCACCCUGGCUGCAUACCCCUGGAGGGGCCUCACAGCAUCUCCCCGGAAACAACUGUCACAUCUCGAGGACAAGCUGAGGAAGAGUCACCUUCCCAAGAAGAGACAGUUGCUCCUGGGGAAACUGCCCAGGGCUCUGUGUCCACCACUGGGCCAGAUUGAAACAUCGAGGGGGAGGGGGCAGACCCUCUUCCCCUUUGGGCCGUCAGCAGCCGGCAUCAGGGCCGUGGGCUGGUACUUAGAUUUACAAAAUGCCACAUCACUAGAGCGGAAGAUGCUCCCAAGAUGUUGCCAAACUAGAGGAUCAGCAACAUACACAGAAGCACUAGAGGCUCUUCCCCUCCUCCUUCCCACCUCAUACUUUGGAAAAUAAUCAAGCAAAUCAACUUUCUAAUUCAGGGAUCAACAGCCUUGGUUUGUUAACUUUAUAAGAAAAAAAUUUUUUAACAAAACGAUGAUAAAUGGUCAUUUAUCUACCAGUCAUGUUUGAACACUGUACUUUGGUCCAUAUCAUCCUGGUGGCUGUAAUUGCCCAGAUCUAAAAAACAGCGGGAGCCUUGGUCAUCUGAACCAGCCAGCCACCAGAGAGAAGGAAGUAGUUGUGAUGGUGACAGGGAGGAGGUAUUUCUCCUCUUCCUUCCCUGCCAGAACAUGCAGUUUCACAUUUGAAGAAAAAAAAAAAAAAGUAUCCUGGUGGUUCUUACUGUUUUGAAAGGUCAGACCUUAUCUUUGCUCUGAUUAGGCAUCUGAUGAUACUUUGCCUGAUUAUUUCAUGUAAGCCGCCAUCUUGGAGCGGUGUUCUCGUGGGCAGCAUCACCUGAAGCACUUUAGGCAACUGGAAGUGAAAUGAGCAGCAGAGUGUUCGCAGUAGGUUCUGCUACAUUUGGGGGCUUGAGUGUCCUAUUGAGGAAGAGGGGAGCAGGGAAGGAAGUGGGAUUUUUGUGCAAAUUUCAAAUGGCGCAGAGUACUGCAACUUCCUGGUUGGUGUUUUUAUACCACAGUGCUUAAUUAUCUUUGGGUGUUAGGAAAUGGCUCUAGUCCAGAUGAAUUAAUGUGUUAGGCUGAGUACCAAAGUUUCAUCCAGUCUCUCUGGCUCCUCCUUUCACGUAACAGCAAUAUUAUACAUCAAAAAUGUCACUUUCCAGUGAAAUGAGCCUGGACUGUAUUUUUAAAUCUACAGGUCUCCAUAUUUGAUAACUUUUAUAUGAAGUUUUAAACACAUUUUUUCUGCAGUAUUGUGGUUGAAGAAAUUCAACACUAUGGUUCUUAUUGCAACCACAAUUCCAUUUCCUUCUACAUAUGUGAUAGUUUAUAUUUUCAAGCCAAUAGAAGAACCUCACUAAAUCCAUGUCUCGCGUCUGCAAACCUAGUAAUUCAUAAACCCACCAUCAGCAAAUUGCUGGUGACUCCAAGAGCUUUGCUUUUUAAUAAUACACUACAGGGCAUUCACCAGAAAACAUCAUGCACAAUCAUGUUGCAAUAAAUUGAUCAAGGGAUCAGUUUUGAUCAGGUUUGGUUACUUAAUCAUUCCUAAGAUUUUUAAAACUUCAAGGGACCUUUUUGGUAAUUCUGGGAAUUUCUGAGAUUCUUAAUCCAGCACUGAGAGUCAGAAAAAAUUUACCAAACAUGUAGAGUUUUAGAUGCCCUGUCUCACAUUCAGAGAAUAGAGGAGGAUUAGUAAGGGGUGCGGGCAAGGAGAUGCUUACAGUACAAAUAGAAAAGAGAACAAUCCAUAGCUUCUCCUAGUUGAUCAUUAAUGUUUUAAGAGUUUUUAAAUAUGCAGUGGUUUAAGCAGUUAUUUUGGUGCAGAAGCAUAGAUGAUUGUAAAAGAGAUCUGGGGCGGGGGCGGGGCUGGUCAUGCCUGCACUGGUGAGCCAUUUGUGAGAAUGUUAGUAGCGUGCUCCCUUCCUGAGAAUGCUUUGUGGUAUGUGGAAAGGUGGGUAGGAAAGAAUGGCAUUUCUUUGAUGAUAGGAAGUUAGAGUGCAAAGAGUAACUUGUAAGCAAUCUGCGAAUUGUACAUACCCAUAAAGCUGCACCGUGUCACUGGAGAGUGGUUAUUUUCUCUUCUGGAAAAAUGUAGAAAUGCGUCUUUUAAUAGGAAUGUAAUGAUGCUACCAUUUGAUAAGAGCCUACCCUUACACGGUCUGCCAAAGCUGUCUUGUCUUUCAGAGACAUAGACUGGGGCACUCUCCUCUUUAGUUGGGCAACAGCACAAUAGGGCCAUCUUAGGGACCAGCUAUGCUCUGUGGCCUAGAAGUGGAUUUGAAAUUAGACUCAAAUCUUUAGGGAAACCUUUUUGUAGGUCAUCCAGGCUGUCUGUGGACAGAUUCAUCACUGAAUAGGCAGGAAGGUGAGAAGUACAGAAUUUGCUGCUGUCUAUGGAGCUUUUAAGCCUACCAAAAAAAUGUUAAGUCCACCCUACUUGUGAGAAGUAGUAUGCUGGAAAGUUCUUUAUGCUUUGUUAGUUUCUUAGAUUUUCCAUGAGGAAAUAGAGCUUUUUAAAACUAUUACCAAAUCGUAAAGGUGAAGUGCAGUAAUCUCUGUCAAGAGAAACUCUGCAGCAUCUGUCAGUCCUCUGGCCAGGAUUAGCAACAAACCUCUUAAACGAAGUAGGAACUGUUGAGCAGAUGUGGAAAUGCUGUGAGUGUUUGGUGGGUCCCUCUCCCUUGUCAUUCACUUGUCCUAGGUUAUUCGCUGUAUUGAUACUGUGAAUAGAGUGCUACCCGGUCUUCUGGGACCAUAGCAGCACAUUUGCUGGUUCUCGCCUCUUAAUUGGCCUAGCCCAGAGCCAUGAAAUCCAUGAACAUACAAGCCAGGCUAGCUUUUAAACAAAUUCAAGUUUCUGAAAGCAAUUUCCAUUUUAGCCACAAAAGCUUUUAUUAUUCUAAAUAACUAUCCAAGAUUUUUAUCCAGGUUCACUGUGACAUUGUCCUAGUUCUUAGUUAACAUCACUGUAGGGUCAUGGAAGUUAGUAGUGUUCUGUCUACAUUAAUGAAUAGUUGUAUUGGUGUGUGCACAGAGGAUACCUCUCUUAAGGAUGUACUAAAUGGACUUUAGCUAAUGCUGAAAACUCAUUACCAAAUCUUAACUUGCACAUGUCACCUUGUGAAGGGAACUGCAUUAGCAAUGAGAGCUAAAUCAUCAUUAAGUACUUUAAUGCCAUGAAAUAGCAAACACUGGGACCGUUUUCAUUCAUCGAGUGGCCCUUAAUAGCAAAGGAGCUACCCAAUAUUCUCAACAAAAGAAGAGAGAUGGCAGUAUAUUAAUCUGUUUUCAUUCUAAGAGGUACCUUUUAUUCUCUCUGAACUCUGAUACCAGUAUAUAAAUAUAGCAUUGGCAUGAACAGGAACACUGUACUUAGGCAGAAGGGCUCUUUCUAAUGACUUGUUCUCUCUUUACUCAGAACCAUAUUUACCUCUGAACGAGUUGAGUUUUAUUUUAUGUAAUUUGCCAACUACCCCCAAGCCAUCAUUAUGCCAGACAGUUAAAUCUAAUCUUGAAUAAGUAAAAAUAAGUUUGUCCCUAAAGGAUAAGGAUUGGAAAAGAAGGGAGGUAGCAGUUGAGGAAAGUUUUCUUGUUAUUUUGUUUUUUGGUAUUUUUAAAUGUUUCCAGUUCCCUCUAUAUCAGUGAAACAGAGUUUCCAAAGAUGUUGUGACAAUAGAAAUAAACCAUUCUCCUCCCACCUUCAUAGUUGAAAUCUGGCCUUGGUUGGAAGUGGUCUGAAGGAAGAGUAUUGAAUAAUGAACUUCAUCCUUAGCUGAGUAGUCUCUGAUCAAGAAAUAACUUUAAAAAAUUUUAGCUGUUACUUGACACAAAUUUCAUUUCUUUUAACUAGUAAAAAUUAUAUUUUGUUUGACUAGAAGAUCUAAUUUAAAGAAAUAAAAACAACGGAUAAUGGAAAGGAAAUUAAAUUGAACAAAGACAGCAGUCUGCUUAAUCCUAGUGGAAGGCAUUUAAUCAGGAAGGGGUUGGAAUCCUGGAAGUUUUUCUCUCUUCAGAUCCAACAGACAGGUGUUUGUUCGUUUUCUCUUCCUCAGAUGCUCUCCUCUUUAUCUACUUACUGGUUUAAGGCAUAACAAAGAGGCCCUUAUUGAACUUGUCUUUGAAAACGGGGGCUCUUUACCUUUGCCAUUUCGGAAGGGUGCACAAUAUUGAAGUAUUUUAGUUGCUGAGAUUUAGAAAAGGGACACCAAGCUAUUACGUCAGGUAAACUCCUGGGUUCAAGAGGAUGCCCCUUAGCAAAGUAUAUCCCUAGAAUUUAUGAAUUAGAUAAGGGUUCAGCAGACUGCGGCCCCCAGGGCCCAAUCCUGAGGCCAUCUAUUUGUGUUAAGAUAGUGAUGGUGGAAUGGGGCCACACCUGUUCUUCAGGUGUUAUUUCUACUGUGAUGGCAAAGUGGAGUGCUUGUGACUCAGACCACAUGGCCAGCAAAGCCUGAAAAUGCACUGUUUGUCACCUGACAGAAAAGUUUGCUAACUCCAGAAUUAGAUUUGAAAGAAUGACCCCCAAAUUUGUCACUCCUGCCAUUUUGUCUUUAUAAUAGUUUGGUUGAGGUUUUAAAUUCAUGUUGCCAUGUAUGCAUCAGUUUCUUGAAAGAGCUUGCCAUCUUUUUCUAGAUCUUUGUCUCAUAACCCUCUCUGUGUUCCUUCUUGAUUCCCAUUGCUUUAAAAGCAUUUAGAAUAGCCGUACGAUCUGUCCUUGCCUUAAAGGUGCAGGUAGAUUAAAGUUUAGGAUAGUAGUUACGGAUGUAAGAAAAUAAUUUAAAAAAUAAUUCCCGUGAUAAUAAUGUAGGAUUAAAUGAGUACCAUGUUUACAUAAACUACUGUAAAAAAUUAAUGUUUUUAUAAGUUUUGCCAUUCCUCUGAGAACACUUGAACUGAUUUGCAUAAUGAUGGCAAGAAUGAAUUUUCCCAUUAGUAUUAAAAAUUAACUUCUGUUAUGAAUAAGUGGUUUGAUUCUUACCCAAAAUACUGCUUUCUAGAUUAGAAACCUCUACCCUUUCCCUGUACUACAAAUCUAAAUUUUCAUUUCCUCAAACUCACUCUGUUCCAUGUGCAGUAGUAAAAAGCCAAAUCUUUUUCCCUUCCUUUAUCUUUUUUUUCCCAAUGAAUGUUUUAAAACAUAAUGAAAUCUCUGAGGACUUCAAAUUCCUCUUAGACCCAUCUUACAAUUUCUGUUACUAUCAUUUUUCUAAAUAUAUACUGACCCAUUAUUUAUUUGCUCUCUGAAUGUUCAUUCUUACUGUUCAAAUAGCUUAUUUAUGCCAGAUGUGCAAAAAAUGGAAAAUGUUAGGAUGAUUAUUAACAGAAUUCCUUGCAAGAGGAGAAUAUAAUUGUGCCCCAUCUGGAAAUCAUGCAUAGACUUCUGAGUUAAAUUUAUCAGGACAAAAUGUUCUAGGCCAUGCUGACACGAUGCAAUGAAUUUGAUUCAUACUUUGUUGUCAGCUCAACCAACACAUACCAAGUUCGGAUGAGUGACCUAACCUCCAGUAAGGCACCUCUCUACUAGGCAUUUUAUUCUUAAAGUUCCUUUUUUCUAAGUUGGUUAUUAGUAAGUUUUAUAUGAUAUGCCCUAUGAAUAAUAGAUGACCCUUACCUAUAAAGUUCCAGAAUAUUUGCCUAGGUUAGAACUGCCUUGUCAUAGCACACUUAGAGUAAUACAGGGUUCUUGAGAUUUUGGAGUGUUGCUUUUCUGAAAAAUUUGGGAUUCUGAUUAAUCUGAGAUAUAGAACUUGUGAAAGUGAUUGAAUUUAGAGAGCCGGAUGGACCGUCUGCCUCCAGCGCCGUGUGAGGUCUAGGGAAUAGUUGUCAUUUCUAUGCGAAUGCGUUGAAAACAAUGUUGUUUGCCCAGCAUUAUGAUUUCUUUGAUAAUUACCAGUCUUAUGUUUUGCCGCCUUUGCUUUCUAGAGUCUGUUUCUCUGUUUUCAGUCUUCUCAUUUUUAGGUAGGCUUUUCCCAAGACCAGUCUUUUUACUUUGCAGUAAGUAGGUGUUUCUUGCUCAGGACAGGCCAAAGUUGGAUAUUAUGAGUCCCUUCAAACACCUGACUUAGUUACAUUCCAAAGGAUGUAAUUACUGACAGCAACAGUGGUAUUAAAACUCGGAGGAUAUCUGCACAGACUCUCCAGUUUUCUUGUAUAGGCAGACUACCGUAUCCCUCAACUGCGAGGAACAGCAAUGACUUAAAAGGCAGUUAUUACUUGAAAUGUAUAGUGUCUUCACAGAGUAUAUACGUGAAUAAAUGUCUUCUCUCACAUCUUCCCCAUUAUCUAUAUAACAAGUACUUCCCAUCUUAACACAGUUAAGAGGGGCUGGCUCACUCAAAUAGUGGAAGCUUUAAGCAACAGAGCUAAGGUAUAAAGGCAGAACAAUUCAUGAAAAAUAAAACUCUUCUAAUGCUUGCUUCUUUCAUGUCCACUGGUAAGUCCUGUUGAGGAGACUAGAAUUCACCAUCCAGUUAAGGGAGAUAGAUGUGCAGCAUCUUACAUGGACAACAGCACAAUUUAAUAUACUGUGAAUCUUAGAAUUUGCAUUAAUCCAUGAUGCCAAAAGUCAGAGUUUCUCGUGGGAAAAUGUUUCCUAUUCUGUGAAAUCACUUAUCUUAAGUGAUAAGUAGCAUACAGGAGAAUCUGUUCCAUAAAGUAAAUAUUAAGUACUUUUUGGUACCUGACCGUAUGCUUGGAACUUAUAUAACAAAAUUGAUUUUAGACAUAGUUUAGAUGUGGCUUCCUAUACUUGAGAGUCCUGAAUCCACUUGGUUGGAGUCUGGAUGUACGCUUUUUAAAAGCCUGCACUUUUCACCUCAGAGAUCAAAGAGAAGGGGACAGAAUUAACUGUCCUAAAUGCUUUAGUGGCAUAAUUGCAGUUAAUCCUCAGAAUAAUCCUGUGAGUUAAUAACAGUAGAACUAAAAAUGGUUGAGAGUUUUUUUGAAUGCUUACUAUGUGCCAGGCACGGAUCCAUGUGUUUCACAUUGGUUAACUCACCUAAUCCUUACAGCAGUCCCGUCUGGGUAGACACUGUUACUCUCCUCACUUUAGAGAGGCAGAAAUAGAAAUUGAGGCACAGAAAGGUUGACCCAGGCAGUCUGACACUAGAGUUGACACUCUACUAGACUAUGUUGCCUUUAAGAAGCGUAAUUAUAUCACAUUUUAUAGGUGAAGAAACUGAGGAGCCCAGGGUUACACAGUGAAUAAAUUGCAGACCCAGUAUUUUCCAAUCUGAUUCCAAAGCCCAGACUCUCUCCACUACAUCAUAUUGACUCUGUUUACUUAUAAAGAGUUGGGGUGACCUGGAAUAAAGAAUAGCCAGUAACAGUACUGCUUUCAGUGGAUUUUUAACUCAAGAAAGCAUGAUUGGAAGAUUUCUUCAAAAGAUAGUGUCUCUGAGCAGAUGUUGAAUGGUGAAUAUUUUCUGGAGGUAUUGCCCAUUGAUUCAGGAGUCGCCCACUUGAUAGAUCUAACUGUGACUCAGUUCAGGUUACCACCAAGGCAAAAAUUGAAAGAUAGCAUUCUUGUAUAUCUAGCUUUGUAACAAACUGCCCUAAACUAUAGUGACCUAAAACAAUUUUAUAUAUCUUGUGAUGUUGUGAAUCAGAAAUAAAGGCUCCUCUAGGCAAUUCUCUUGUUCCCUGUGAUGAUGACUGAGGUCACCUGGUUGUAUUCAGCAGGUGGUUGGACUGGUCUGGAGUGUCCGCGCUGAUCUCACGUGCCUGACACCUUGCGGGAGGGCUAGAAGACUUGGGGCUCAGCAGGUCUCCUCUCCCCCUCUGGAGUCUCAGGGACUUCCCAUGUGGUCUCUGCGUCGGGGCAGUCAGACUUAUUAAAUGGCAGCUCAGGCCUCUAAGAAGCUGGGCAGAUGGUGCCAGGCCUCCAAGGCCAGGCUCAGAACUAUCAUAGAGUCACCCCCAUACGCUGUUGGUCAGAGAAGUCACUGGUCAGCCCAGACUCAAGGGGAGAGGAAAUACCACUUGAUGGCAUGUAUGUCAAGGAUUUGGGACUACUUUAAUCUGUCGUAGGUAGCAUUAGGUUAUUGACUUCUCUGGACUUUUCUGUGUUCAUUCAUUUUGGAUUAGUUGUUUGUGCCAUAGAAACCACUUACGAUGUCUACCGUGGGUCAGUCAAGGAGCUAGAAGGAGAAUGAGACACACACCCCGAAAAGGUUUCAUUAGCUACCUACCCACUGAGUUUCAUUUAUCUUAUAGCAAAAUUUCCAUUUCAUUUUUCUUUUGUUCCAAGUUCCAAGUUGUGAGCAUUUGCUGGUUUUGUUUUUUUUUCCUGUGAAGCUACAGUAACUGUACAUACUGAGCCAGAAAUACCCCAGAGGGAGUAAAAAGCUUGCUGUUACAGAAAUUUAUCUGUUAGAGAUGUCAACUGUAUUUAAGUUUACAAAUAGGCAAAAACUCCUGUGGUAUGGAAAAUUCAAAUGGCUACUAAAUCUCUUUCAACGGGAGUUUCUAUUGCGUGACUACAUGGAUCAUAUUCUUGAGAUAGUUGAAAGCUUCGCCUGCAUACCCUAGUCCCACCUUAACUGACACCACACCACCUCAGGCGCAGUUCUGUGCUACAAGAUGAAUAAGUUCAUCCCAUUUUUUAUCACCUUUCAUAUGGGAAAAUUCAUUGCUCAAUUUAAUAUGUUGUUAAUCCUUUAAAAUCAGCAGUUGAUGGGGCACCUGGGUGGCUCAGUCAUUAAGCGUCUGCCUUCAGCUCAGGUCAUGAUCCCAGGGUCCUGGGAUCAAGCCCCACAUCGGGCUCCCUGCUCAGCGGGGAGCCUGCUUCUCCCUCUGCCACUCCCCCUGCUUGUGUUCCCUCUCUCGCUGUCUCUCUCUCUGUCAAAUAAAUAAAAAUCUUUUUUAAAAAAAUAAAUAAAAUUAGCAGUUGCUGUCAACCUGUCAUCUAAAGUAACAGAUCACUGAACUGUGAGGAUUUCUGUCAGAUUUAGGGUGCUUUAUUUAAACUCCUGCUGGCUGAUACUGUUAGACUAUUGCUGUGACAGAAGAAUUAUGGGCAGAGAAUAAAUUCUGCUCUAAAAAUGAUCACCCCCAGACCAAUAUGCUUUGUAAGAGAAGAAAGAUUUGGGAUUAUCUAUUCAUGCCAUGGGCAGUGGGUUCCUGGAGAAUUAGCUGUGAGGGCUUCUUGCUGGUCAUCCCGUGAAGAGGUCUCUCUUUCUUAGGUCAGGCCUCAGGAAUUGCAGACACAGGAAAGGGAGGGUACUCAGUGCUGAAGGCUUAAUAUAGGGCUCUACAAAAUGCUAGGAAGGGAAAAAGACUUUGGCAUUUGUAGUUGGAUAGCCAGGGAUGAAAUGUUUGAGGCAUUUAGGCAUCAAGAUUAGAUUUUAUCAUAUAAGGAUUGGGGCAAAUUUCAAUGAAUAAAAACAAACGAGCCUUAACAUUUUCUUUUUGAUCCACAUUUCCACUCUGAUGGACCUCAAAGUCUGCUUUUUGUGACAGAGAAGACUUUGAAAAUAUAUUCCCAGGGAAUGAAAAAUCUUACGGUCAUCUAUGGAGAAGUCUCACGUUCUGUAUGGGAUAGCUCUUUGGGCCCUCCUCUAGGUUCUCUGUGGCGCUUAAGUUUGAAAUCCUCUGCUGGUGGCAUGAGAAUGAAGUACUGUGGUCUUGAUUUGCAGAAGAGAACAGAGUCAGAAGAAAGGGAACCUGUAGAUUGAGAACACAGUGAGUCUUUCUAGCAUUUUAGGCAGGUCACUGUGCCCUGCGGGAAUAGAAAUUCCUUAGGGUUCAGAUUUCUGCUCUUAGCUACGUCUUAAAGCAGAUGUUCGUGACAUAUUUGAAGAUGAUCUCCUGAGUUUCCUAUAAAGAAAUAGAGUCCUCACUAUAGUGGUUGUCUAAGAACCACUGCAAAAACAGAAUUACAACACAGGGAACAAAGCUUAAAAUGUGUUUCCUCUGGAAGCCGAGAUGCUCAAGUGGGGGUCACUGAGAGUGUGGCUGAAUUCUAUGUCUAGAACCGCUAUCAGUCAGAUAGCAGAGAUAUUUAGGAUUUAUAUGGUAUUUCUAAUAUUUUUACAAAAAUGAUAUUAAAUCAUGUAACUUGAAGUUUUAAAAAAUUAGCCUGUUUUCUUUUUGGAAAACUGGCCCAAUAAAAAUAACACUAAUAUAACUCAAUUGUAUAUGCAUGUGCAUUGAACACAGAGUGGUAUACUAAAGAUAGUUCAUGCAAAUAACUUUUGUGGGAAGUUUGGCUAUUUUCAUAAUAUCUUUUUUCAUAAAUGUUUAUAAAUAUAUUUACUCAUCCAUUAUGACCUUGGUAGCAUUAGAAGCAUUUGUUAGCUGUAUCAUUGAUUCUAAAAAAUCAAAUUCUUGGCAUAGUAGGCUAUGAGAGCUUUUUGUUGCUUUGUAUUUUGGCUAAGAAAAUUAUUUCUUGCACUUUCUAUUUAUAAAGAUGUUAUAACACAUUGCACCCACUUAGUGUAGCUGUUGUUUAGAGACAAAAAAAAAUGUAGGUGUUAAAGUGAAAUGUAUGUUUAAAAAGCCUGGCAUAAGGAGGGACCUCAAAAUAACAAACUUGGCUUGCAUCUACCUGAGAAGGGCUGGGGUUUCAUAUCAAAUUUAGAGUGAAAGGAGCUGUUGGGGUGGGUGUGCUGUUGCUGCAAGUUGCAAUUUUAUCGCGAGUUGCCAGCGAUGUCUGUGUGAUUUUAUGUGUGUGUGUGUGUGUGAGAAAAAGGUGUCUGAUGAAGGCAGAUAAGUCAAUGUAGAAUAGUCUACCUCCCAUUAAAGACUGAGCAUAUUCCAAGAUUGCCCUGUAGCCCUUUGGGCAGGAAGCUGCAUUCCUCAGCCACUGUCCACCUCGUCCUCUUUUGUACUCACUUCAGCUCCUCUACCUCUGAGCACUUGGCUGAAGAAAGAGUGUGCUUUUUGUAGCAAGCGAAGGAAAGCCAGACACACAGUCUAGAGGUUGCAGUAUCUCCUGGUCACGUGCAGAUGUUGGUACUUACCUCUGGUGUCGAAAUCCAACAGUGUCAGAAUGCUUUGGUUUAGUGCUUUUAUCUGCUGGCUUCUAUUUGGCAAGAGUAGCCAGUGCAUGUGGAAUCUUCCUGGUUUUUUUUUUAAAGACGCACCAAACUCCUUUUAAUGAAAUAUGAAAAUUUUGUUUGAGUCCUGAGCUGCUUUUUUGUUCAUUGCCAUUUGCAGUCCAUUACUGGGGGACCAGAUGACUAACGGUGGUAUUUUCCCAGUGAUGAGCCUUCUGCCAGUAUCCUGACACAGAGGGAUGAAUGCCAUGGGUUUUUAGAUGACUUGUUUUGCUUUUAGUCACUCCAGAGAGACAUUCCUGUUAAUGCCUCUGCUGUUGUAGUAGUCAAGAUGACCUCACUUGAAUGUUGCGGGUGUCAGGAAAUUGAGUUUCAGUAAUACCCUGCCACGAGGCACACCACCUAAUCUUUACAUUCGGUUGUGAUGCUCAGCUUACUGUUUGGGCUGCUCGUACACCGAGCCAUAUCAGGUUACCUACAUUUUGAACACGUGUUCUGGCUUAAGAAGGACUCUCGACCCUAUCAUAGAUCUCCUGUGGUGCUUUCCACCUUUUCAUUCUAAGGCACUGGCUGCUUGUAACGUGCAAACCGGGAUUCUCGGGUUAGGAGUGAGAAUGAGAGAGUGAUCUAGUCUCAGAUGUUUACAGGUUGGCCUCUGUGUUUAGGUACUAGCUGAUCAGUAUUUGCUGUCCUGGUGACUGGGAAGGGCAAAUGAUGAUACAGUGUGAAAUUCCAAUUAAUGAGACAGGCAUUACUCCUAGGAGGCCACUGAUCUAAGUCACCUCUGCCUGAGUACAGCGUGAGUCCUGGAGGGAGCUGAGGCAGGAAAUCAUGUGAGUCUACUCACCACAGCUGUUGGUUCUCUUCCUUUCUUUUCUGUGUGUGUGUGUUUAUUAAAGCACAGGGGAAGAGCUGCCCAGCUAUUGUUAUUCUAACUGUAGAAUAAUUGUCAUUUUAUAAGCCAUGCUAAUAUCCUAGACUCAGGAAUUAACUCCUGCUUAGGAAACUUCUUCCCUCUGGCUUAUCUUUUUGUGCCAAGUCUGUUCUAGGCCUGUCCCCAGGUGUUUUGCUAUAACACAUACUUAAAUGCAGACUUACCUAAAUCCGAAAUUUACUGUUGGCAGUGUGACCUGUUACAGCCAAAGUGAUUUAUUUAAAAAACAAAAAGGUGAGAAAUGCCUAGGCCUGUCUUUGGGGCGCAUAGUAAAUCUGUGGAUCUGAGAGUAAGCAUGGAGUCCUACCCUUCUUCCCUCUGGCCUAAGUGAACACUGGCCUGAAUGCUUUUUAUUACAGAGCCAGUUGACCUAAGCCAGGAGUUUUCCAUCUUGGCUGCACAUUAGAAUCACGUGGGACGUGUAAGAAAUGACUGUUGCCUGGGGCCCCUGCCGGACCCUGAUGUUGAAUUGGUGUGCUGUGCAGCUUGGGCUUUAAAAGCCCCGCAGCUGAUUCUAGUGGGCAGCCAAGGUUGAGAAUCACUGGCCAGGUAAUCUUGAGUGGCCUGCAGCAGGAUAACCUCAGUCUAGUUCUUUUUGUGUCAUAAGAUAUCUUUAUUGCUAGCCCAGCAUGGCUCUGAGUUUAAAAGUGGGCCAAGGCUCAGGUGGUAAAAUGGAUCAUCCAUUUGUCCUCAAAGUAAUUCUGGAGAGAGAUGUUACCAUCCAUCCAGUUUCGUCUCUAUACCAAAUACAAGGUGUGCAUAAGUAAGCAAAACAGAUUUUCAAAGUCUGGUCUCUAGAAUCCUCUUUGCGUACAUGAUUUGAGUGGAGAUUUCUCAACUCUGCUAGUAGCUAAAAUAGAGCACUUGAACUUACUAAAAGGGCCAAGCCCACCCCAUCUAGGAUGAUUUCUAUUUGUAAAAUAAGCAUUAUUAAAGUUAAUGGAAAAAGAGAAGGAUCCUUCCUGGGGGUGAUGGUGAUACAUUUGAUUAUUUGUCUCUUAGCCUGUCUUCUAAGUGGGAUUUCAAUGUAAAGUGACUUUCACUUUUCCUUGGGGUUUUUUUGUUUGUUUUUUGGAGUUUUUUGUGUUUGCUUUGUGAAUGAAAUGCACUAGCUAAGGCUUAAAUGUUUCUGAAUUUUACAUGAAAUGUGAAAUGAGUCAUUUUAGUAUCUUUAUUCCAGGAUGUCAGAGACCUAACCUGGUAAUUCCUAAGUGAGGUUCCCUAUCUUUCUCCCCAUCCCAGGUAGUAAAAAUGCCUGCCCUGCCCGUGGCAACUCGCACACGGUAAUGGGAAGGGGAGAACUGUUUGAUUACCUUACGAGUGAGACACCAACCCCCCAACCCCAUUCAAACUGACUAGCUACCAAGUGAUUUCUCGUUCCUGAUAGAAAUUUUUGUUUAAGAGCAAGUUCAGAUAUAGCAGUCUCUUUCUGAGAGAAUUCUGGGCACCAUAGAAAUUUUCAUUCAUAUAUUGCCUACAAUAAUUGAUACUUUAAAUUUCAAAUAGGUCACGGUGUGUUCAAGAAGAAAAAUCGGUUAGAUGGAAAGAUUGGCUAGUGCAGAGGACUGAAUUAGCAUCAGGCCUUGACAUUUCAUUAAAAUAACCUGGAGGCCUGGCUCUUUACAUUGCAUGUAAUGCUGCAAUGUCUUUUAGAGAAAAUGCCUCCUAUGCCUUAGAAAAUUUAUGAAGGCUUCUCAAUAUGGGGUGGAAUAGAAAAACAGUAGCCUUUGGGACUUGCAUGCAUCCAGAGAGUAACGCGUUAGGGUGUCAUACUGAAGAGGGUUGUGGAGUACUGUGAACCAUUGUUGAACUUUAUGCAAAUCACACUGCACUGGAUUUUAUGAUUCCUGGGGGGCGGGGGGGGGAGUAGACAAGGAGGAUGGGUCAGUAAUGGUACAAAAUAUAUAAACUUGUUCUAUAUUUUAAGCAAGGAAUGAAACAAAUGCCCUACAGGAAUUCUCUGUCAGAACUGUGAAGUUCAGUCAAGUUGUCUGCCCUACUGGAUUGGCUUGCUGAUUCCUCUUCAACUUCUAAGGAGUCCUUUAGGAAACAGCUACACAAAUGCUAGUCUGAUCACAGUUUCACCACCCUCCCCCUACUCAACAAAAGAAAAACAUUCCCAAACUAGAGAAAUGUGUUCUCUCUCAGUCCAUUACUUUUUUAUCUGCUCUGGUCUGUGUUCACAGUUUUAGCCCGUUGCGUUAUUUUGUGAUCUAAUGGCAGAACUUGAAGAGAUCUGCCAAUUCAGUAAGGAACCAAUGGCCUCUCCUUUAAGGAAUCUUAAAACCAGAACUCUCCAUCUUUGGCAUGUUAGCCUAAGUGAGUAAAGGGAGAAGUACAUUUGGAAGAGCACUUAGAUUUCCUGGCUCCUCGUCAUUCAGGGUUGGGACUCACUCACGCUCUGCCCCUGGGAGGAGAAGAGAAGGCUGAGGGUUUAAAGAUAGAAAAAUCAAGGUAGCUGAAAUGUGGUUUCCUUCAGAUGGACAUGGUCUGAAAGAAAUCUGUCCACCUGUUCUCUAUGGUGCUUAUAUGGUGGGUGACAACUGUCCCCCAUCUACCUGUCCCUGGCACUGUGCCUUCCCACUGGUCACUGUGAAAAGCAGAUCACACUGGACUCAGAGGCCAGAACCCAGGACCAUUUCCCCCCUUCUCAUCUUGAGCCCAUCACUUCUUCAUACAGCUAAUAAUGUAGCAUUUACUUCUCUUUGGAAAACUCUUGGGUUUGUCCCCCAAGAAAUAGUAAAGCAUUUCAAGGAAAAUAGUCAGAAAAUAAGGUCCUGGUGGUAGCUAUCAAAUAGAGAUUAUAGGACAAUUUCUCUUCCCCUCAGCUGAUACCAUUAGCAAGAAUCAACAUGCCCCCCCCUUCCUGUGUUUUUAAAGGCUACCGUAAUAUUUGUAAGCGACAAACUUAACAUUUUUUCACAACUUGCUAAUCAAAGAUUCAUAUUAAAACAGACAAUCAAUUUCUAAAAUGUUAUCCCUGAAAGGGAAUGAGGUAGAGUUUUAAACUAUAAGAACCUACCAGUCUGUUUUUUCCCUUUGAAAAAACAAACAUUUGAGGUUUGUGUCUUUCAUCUGAAGCUAUUACACCAUUAAUAAAGAUGCCUCCGAAAGGUCAGUGAGCCAGGUGAGCGCUCUUCCACCUCUGAGGGUGCUGGCCUGGGUUCAUGCAUCUUAUUUCCUUAGAGAAUAUCUGUUUUUAUUACGACCUUAAUUAUAAAUACCUAUAUAUAGGAAUAGGAUUUUCUCACCCCACCCUCUUUUAAUCAUUAUCACUUAAGUGUAAACCGCACCUCCCCUCACCCCCCUUUUACUGAACAAAUGCACUUUAAUUCCUAAGGAGAGUGGCUGUUCCUGGCCCUGAAAGCCAGAUUACUUCAGGAGGAGAGGUGAGGAGGGAGAACUCCUGCCAGACCCUGUGAAAUUAACCAAAUUCCUUAAUGUCAACACAAAUCCUACCCAUUUUUAAGCUGUCCCCACCCCUUGCCAAAGGGAAAAAAAGAAACAACCAAAAAUGAAGACAUUUAAAAUGCCUACCCUGAUUGCAGAAGUUUCCCUGGGGACAAUACCCAAUAUUAAGUUAUUUGCUCAGCUACCAAAUUGUCAGAAACUUCUAGGUGGUUUUGUGGGAGGCUGAGAUUUCUUUAAGGAAAAAGGUGAAAAUAUAAAGGCUAUAAGAUACGAUUCUGAUUUGUGUCAUUUCUAAAUAUUAGAUUUGUUCUCUCCCUUAAUUUGACAGGUGUUCUCAGUCUCUCCUCCUGUAGAUUCUGUCCUUCCCCUGAUGACAAGCCAAUAGUCCUUGGUGGGGUUGCAUGUCUCCUAGAGCCCCAGAAGCCCUGUCGUGUCGGGGGAGGGGGGAGGGCAGGAGGGCGGGCCGAGACUGGGGUUGGGGGGAGGGAGAGUCAGAAAAAGAGUGAAGAUAUGGGUUUAUAUAAACAUAUUUAAAGCAGUUUAGCAAAAGCUUUCUCGUUGAACAGCUUUAAGAACAAUGUGAAUGAAAUCUUAGCAACUUGGUUAGUAAUUUGAAAAGUCUAUUAAUGUAUACUUGAAAUUCUGUUUGUAUAAAAAUACAUUUUCCUCUUUAUUUUAACACUGUGUAAAAGAACAUUAUGCAUGUGAGUGGUUUGAGAAUUAAAUGGUUUAAUACUCAGAUUUGACUGUCUGGUUUUUCUGUUUAU